AUAGCCAAGACCAACGGCCGACGGAGUAGGGGUCCGAUGAGAAGCAAUUCCGACGUGGUUUCCGGUUCCCCCUCUCAGGAAUGUUCCGAAGAUGUUUUCAAUUUUACGUUGUCGUCCGAGGGCUCCGGUUGCCGCCACUUGUUCGGUUCAUACAGUUUCACUUCUUCCCGGGAGAAGCGGCGGUCGACGAUUCUGCCUUCAAGAAAUGGCGGCGAUUGUGGGGACCACGAUGGGGGUUUGCGGAAACGGAAACGGAAGGUGGUUGACGUUGAUUCGUUGCCGUACGGGGUUUUGGGGUUCAAGAAACCAAAGAACUUCAUGAAAAUCAAUUCCACCCUGCGUAAGUGUAGUUCAUCACGUGAGUCGGAUAAUACGGUUUUUGAGUUCUCUGAGAACAGGGACUUUUCGAUAUCAAAGGCGAAGAAUGUCGAUUCGGGUUGGUACGGGUUAAAUUCGUCCCACGAUUUACGGAAUUCGGUGCCAAGAAAGUGCGAUUUUAAAAGGGAUGUUUCAAAUUUUACUAGGGUUUGUGGAAUAUCCAAGAAGAAGGCUGGAAAAGAAAAUGGGGUUUUACAGAAGACUAGGAAGAAGUUGGAUUCGAAAUUACGGAGCAUUGCGGAGAAUGUGGAUGGUGUGAAUUUUGCAUUGGAUGGGUUGAAGAAGGGAUCACAUGUGAAUAUUAGAAGGGCAAGUCUCGUUUCGUUGUUAUCCGUUUGUCGAACAAAGCAACAUCGGCAGCUUCUGAGGGUUAACGGGAUGGCUAGAAAUAUUAUCGAUGUUGUUUCUAGACUUGUUUCCGAUGAUUGGCCAAGCAACCUCGCUGCAGCUACUUUAGUUUAUCUGCUGACAAGUGAUGGUGAAGAUGAUUGCGUUUUGGGUUCACCGAGCUGCAUUUGCUUUCUGAUAAAGUCUUUGAAACCACUUACACCAAGGAUGCGCAGAAGGGCUAGUUUAUUACAAGACUCAGUUUAUAUCAAAGAUUCCAGCGCGACUGCAAUUAUGACCAAGGUCCGCGAGAUUCUUCGUAAUUGCAAGGAAAUGAAGUCGAGAGAAUGUAUCCAUUUACGAUUGUAUCCUAAAUGGAUUAGUUUGCUUACAAUGGAGAAAGCGUGCUUAUCUAUUGAAGAUACGGCUAACACUGUUCGGAAAACUGGGGUUAGCUUCAAGGAAAUACUUAGAGAGUUUGGAGGACUUGAUGCAGUUUUUGAAGUGGCGAGGAAUUGUCUUUGCAUAAUGGAGGAAUGGUUGGAGAAGAGUCCGAAUUUUGCACUCGAAUUGAAAGACAACGCUGGGCUAGAAAGUCUUCUACUGCUUUUGAAAUGUCUAAAAGUAAUGGAAAAUGCUACCGACCUUAGCCAAGACAAUCAGUGCCAUUUGCUUGGAAUGAACGGAAAAACGAACGGUCAACGAGCUCCACGUUCUCUCACAAACCUCAUUCUUAGUGUCGUCAAGAUUCUCUCAGGUGUUUCUUUAUUCAGAAGUUCAUCGAGCAGUCCUACGACUCAGGUAUCAUUCAGCGGAAUAUCUGGGGAUUCAGAUAGCAGUGAUCCUUUUGCGUUUCGUUGGGACGAGUUUGGACCGUCAAAGUGGGACCGACUAUCUGAAACGGCAGAUAAAGUGGGACCCACUUCUGCCGGUGAUGAAGAAAAGUUCAACCUUAUAUCCGACUGUCUUAUCGCAGCUGUCAAGGUUUUUAUAAACUUAACUAACGACAACCCCGAGGGCUGCCAGCAAAUUGCAACAUGCGGAGGCUUGGAAACCUUUUGUUCUCUGAUUGCUCGUCAUUUCCCGUCUAAUUCUAGUCCGAGCGAUACACAUCUGACUGAUCGAGAACAGGACUUUCUCGUUGCUAUUUUGGUCUUGCUUGUGAAUUUGGUGGAGAAGGAUCGACAAAACAGAUCUAAGCUUGUAGCAGCUCGUGUUUCGUUACCGAGAAUCGAUGAUUUGGAAUUGGAGGAUCAAACGGACGGUGUGAUUUCUCUUCUAUGCUCUAUCUUUUUGGCUAACCGAGCCGGUGGAAAAUAUUUGUGUUCGGAUGACGAAGAGUCCGGGUUACAGAGAGAGAAAGAAGCGGAUAAUAUGAUUAUAGAAGCUUAUGCAGCUCUUCUUCUUGCGUUUCUUUCGAUGGAAAGUAAGAGCACACGUAAUGCAAUUGCGAAUUUUUUUCCGGGUCGGAACUUGGCUAUACUUGUUCCGGUGUUGGAGAGAUUUGCGGUAUUUCAUGUGACGUUGAAUUUGAUCUCGCCGGAAACGCACGAAGUGGUGCUUGAAGUAAUCGAAUCGUGUAGGACGACUCCAUGAGAGCUGCUUCAAGAAGUUGUACAGGCCUCAAUUUUUUUUCUUUGUAGAUUGUAUUGUAAUUUGUAAAUACAUAUGUUGAGUUUACCUUCUAAGUUGAGGGGAUGAAAUUGUUGCAUGCACAAAAAAAGAAUAUUUGUAAUAAUUGUACCUAAAAGAAAAAAAGGUAAAUUUCAUUUUACCCUUUGUACUUUGGCUGGAUAUCACUUUAUCCUCAUUUGUAUUGAUUUGCCCCCUUGUACUU